AUGUCAGGAGCUAUUGGUCUUAGCCAACAAGGCGUUGAACUUGAAAAUAUAAUGCGCAGUACAGAAGGUGUUGAGCGUAAGACUAAGAUCUUCUGCACGCUAGGUCCAGCGUGCUGGUCACAAGAGGGACUUGGUGAACUCAUUGACGCUGGAAUGAACGUGGCCCGUCUUAACUUCUCGCAUGGUGAUCAUACCAGUCAUGCUGAGACGCUCAAUCGUUUACGUGGUGCACUCGCGAGCCGUCCGCACAAGAACAUUGCCGUUAUGCUGGACACGAAGGGCCCAGAGAUUCGUACGGGCUUUUUGGCCAACAAGGACAAGGUAACGAUUCAAAAAGACGCAAUCCUUGAGCUUACGACAGACUACGAGUUUCUUGGUGAUGAGACGAAGAUUGCGUGCUCGUAUCCGGAGCUUCCACACUCUGUUGAGGUUGGCGGCUUAGUGCUGGUGGCCGAUGGCUCGCUGGUGCUCACUGUGCUUGAGAUUAAGGACGAUGGGAUCGUCACCCGUGCCAACAAUACCGCCACACUAGGGGAACGCAAGAAUAUGAAUUUACCCGGCUGUAAGGUGAUGUUACCGACGCUGACGGAAAAGGAUGAGGAUGAUCUUGUCAAUUUUGGUCUCGUAAACGGCGUUGACUAUAUUGCUGCGUCAUUCGUGCGCACGGGUCAGGAUAUUGAUAACAUCCGCAAGGUGCUUGGCCCCCGAGGCCGUGGCAUCAAGAUUAUUGCCAAGAUUGAGAGUCAAGAAGGGCUUGAAAACUUUGAUGAGAUUCUAGCUAGGACGGACGGCAUCAUGGUAGCCCGUGGUGAUCUGGGCAUGGAGAUUCCACCUGAAAAGGUGUUUUUGGCACAAAAAAUGAUGAUUCGUAAGGCAAACAUUGCAGGUAAACCGAUCGUGACUGCUACACAAAUGUUGGAGUCGAUGAUCAAGGCCCCUCGACCUACUCGUGCUGAGUGUACGGAUGUGGCUAAUGCUGUGCUUGACGGCACCGAUGCUGUCAUGCUUUCGGGUGAGACUGCUAACGGUGACUAUGCUACGGAGGCUGUGACAAUGAUGUCCAAGAUUUGCGUCCAGGCGGAGGGUGCUAUACACUAUGAUGAUGUGUACCAGUCGCUUCGCAAAGCUGUAUUGGAUACUUACGGCCCAAUGCCAACGCAAGAGGCUAUUGCAUCGUCGGCUGUAAAGACUGCUGCCGACAUCAAGGCCAAGAUGAUUGUAGUGCUGACGGAAUCUGGCAGCACCGCGCGUUUGGUGUCCAAAUUUCGUCCUUCAAUCCCAGUGCUUGUACUGACAGCUAUGGCAGGGAGCGCUCGCCAGGCUGAAGGAUUCUACAAGGGUGUGAGAGCUCGUUGCAUGGGUUCAAUGAUUGGCACGGACUCGAUUUUGUACCGUGCAACGGAUCUGGGGAAGCAGUAUGGAUGGGUGAAACCUGGUGACAAUGUUGUUGCUCUUCAUGGUAUGGUGGAGGCUCGCUCUGGUUCGACCAAUAUGCUCAAGGUGCUUACUGUAGAAUAG